AUGGACCCUGGUGAAAACUGGAAGCUGGAUGAAACAAACUGGUUGUCUCAUGGUGGGAUCCACCCCUUUUCCAAUGUGAAAGGAGACAAUGAGCUCUCCGAAGGUGCCCCAGCCCUCUUUGCUCUGGAUCAGCUGGGCUCCACAUCUGUUUGUUACAAGCCUACCAGCCCAGUCCAGGUACUGGAAGACUCUGGCUUUCUCUACCAGGAUCACCAGUUGUUUGCUGGCAGGCAUGAAGCGUCCCCACUAACAGCUGAAGUGAUCAGUGCCAAAGAAAAAGCUGCUGAGGAGACCCUCUGCACCCUGCGCCCGCCCAGCUUCCGCCGUGUGCCAGAGGCGGAGAUGCGAGGGGCGGAGGAGGUGGCAGCCGGCACCGUCCUGCAGCGCCUGAUCCAGGAGCGGCUGAGGUAUGGCAACCCCAGCGAGAACAUGAACCUGCUGGCCAUCCAGCACCAGGCGACGGGCAGCGCCGGCCCCUCCAACAGCACUGCCAGCACUCUCUCUUCCGCAGAAAACCUUGCUCCCGAAGACCUGCCAAUGGUCCAGCCGUCAGGGCGGCAGGAACCACAGGGGCAGGAGCACCAGGGGGACGGUGCUGCCAUGGAGAAGCAGCCUCGGGCCCCGCAGCCCCCGCACAGCACCGAGGAGCUCCCCACUUACGAGGAGGCCAAGGCUCAGUCCCAGUUUUUCCGUGGCCAGCCCGCACCACCAGCCACUGCCGCCACGCCGGGUUUUUAUGGCUCCUCCAGCCAAAAGUCCAGGACGGAGGGGAGGCCUACGGUGAACCGGGCCAACAGCGGGCAGGCGCAUAAGGAUGAGGCGCUGAAGGAGCUGAAGCAGGGCCACGUCCGGUCACUGAGCGAGAGGAUCAUGCAGCUCUCACUGGAGAGGAACGGGGCCAAGCAGCACCCCCCAGCCCCAGGAGGUGGGAAGGGUUUCAAGGCAGCCCCACAACCCAGCAAGGCCGCGGACCCACGGGGCCCGCCUCCCGAGUACCCCUACAAAGGCAAGGCAGCAGCCCCAGGCAGCAAGGCGCAGGAGCACGGGCUCUUCUAUGGCGAGCAAUCCUCACAAGAUGUCCUCAAGGCCGCCUACGCCGCCCCCCAGCCCGCCCGGGCGGAGCUGGCCCUCGUGCGCUACCAGCCACCGCCAGAGUAUGGGCUCAGCAGCCGACAAUGCCAGCCGCCCUUCCCGCCGCCGCCAGCCCAGCAGCACAGCCCCAUGUCCUCGCAGGCCACUGCUGGCCCUCUGCUCCCAGGCUCCUUGCCCCCACUGCCGGCCCCCGUGGCUGCCCAGACCCCGACGCUGCCGGGCCAGCAGCUGACACCCGACGCCUUUGCCAUCGUGGAGCGGGCGCAGCAGAUGGUGGAGAUGCUCUCCGAGGAGAACCACGUGCUGCGGCAGGAGCUGGAGGGCCACUACGAGAAGGCAGACAAGCUGCAGAAGUUUGAGAUUGAGAUUCAGAGGAUUUCAGAGGCUUAUGAAGGUUUGGUGAAGACCACCACUAAGAGGGAGUCCCUGGACAAAGCGAUGAGAAACAAACUCGAAGGAGAAAUUAGGAGACUUCAUGACUUCAACAGGGAUCUCCGUGAACGACUGGAGACAGCCAAUAGGCAGCUGGCCAGCCGAGACUUCGAUGGGCACGAGGAUAAGGCAACAGAGGGCCUUUAUGCCACUCAGAACAAAGAGAACUUGAAGGAGAAGGAAAAGUUGGAGAUGGAGCUGGCAGCUGUGCGUUCAGCCAAUGAGGACCAGCGGAGGCACAUUGAAAUCCUUGACCAGGCCCUCAACAAUGCACAAGCCAAGGUUAUUAAGCUGGAAGAGGAGCUGCGCAGGAAGCAGGCCUACGUGGAGAAGGUGGAGAAGCUGCAGCAGGCGCUGACACAGCUGCAGGCAGCCUGUGAGAAGAGGGAGCAGAUGGAGCGGCGGCUGCGCACACGCCUGGAGAGAGAGCUGGACUCGCUGAGGAUGCAGCAGAGGCAGGGCAGCUACCAGGCAAGCAGCCUUCCAGAGCAUAAUGCCCCGGCCCUCAUGGAGCUGGUGCGGGAGAAGGAGGAGAGGAUCCUGGCCUUGGAAGCUGACAUGACCAAGUGGGAGCAGAAGUACCUGGAGGAGAGUACGAUCCGGCACUUUGCCAUGAACGCUGCAGCCACAGCUGCCACAGAGAGGGAUGCCUCGGCCCCGAGCCACUCGCACAACGGCAGCUAUGGCGAGACGGCGCUGGAGGUGCGGGGCUGGCAGGAGGAGGAGGAGAUCGUGCAAGCCAACCGCCGCUGCCAGGACAUGGAGUACACAAUAAAGAAUCUCCACGCCAAAAUAAUUGAGAAGGAUGCCAUGAUCAAGGUCCUUCAGCAGCGGUCGCGGAAGGACCCUGGCAAAGCUGACAGCGCCAGCCUGCGGCCGGCUCGCUCCGUGCCCUCCAUCGCCGCCGCUGCCGGCGCGCACUCGCGCCAGACCUCGCUCACCAGCAACCAGAUAGCUGAGGAGAGGAAGGAGGAAAAGCUCUGGAAGGGAAGCAUAGGGCUGCUCUUGGGAAAGGAGCACCAUGACCACCCAUCAGGCCCCUCUCUGCCUCCUCCUUUGCCCUCCUUGUCCUGCAUGCCCGUCCCAGUGCCCGCAGCCUCCCACGCAAAGACGGGCAGCAAAGACAGCAGCACCCAGACGGACAAAACCGCGGAGCUCUUCUGGCCCGCCACUGCCUCCUUCCCCGGCCGGGGACGCCUGGGUGCCACCCCGUCACACAGCCCAGCCCCACGGCCCCUGGGGACACGAGUGGCCAGCGAGAAACUGGAGAACUCCAGCCAUGGGAAGCUGCCUGACAGCAAAGGCAGAGUGAGCAGCCUGCUCCACAAGCCUGAGUUUCCAGACACAGACAUGAUGGAAGUCCUCAUCUGAGCAGAGGACAGCAUCUCUGGGGUUUUGUGUGUGUACAGCCAGGCCCAAGAUGGUCCUCGGUGUGCCAACCUUGAAAACUAACCCUGAGAGUGUGAAAAAAGACAAAGUUUAUUCCCAAAUUGAAGCUAGAGUCUGACACGUUGAGACUUUUCACCAGGCGAGAAGUCAAGAGCACUGAAGAGGAGUGAUGAAAUGAACGUCUGACGUUUUCUGAACAGAAGGGGUCAUUGAAAAUGGAAAGUGGUGUGAGAAGGGGAGUGUUGAGGAAAAAGUAAACUGUGUUUUCUGGCAUAAAGAGAAAGUAGUGAAGUUACAGACUGGUUGCACGCUGCUGCUCUGUUUUCCUGCCUCACCAACCAGGACAGGGAGUGAAAUCCUGUCUCUUUGGAGGCCAGAGAAAGUUUCUGAAUA